AUGCAGACGACACUCGACGACGAAGAGGAAGAGUUUCAGCUUCCUAAUCUUCGCAAACCUAAACCCCAUUAUUCAUCGAGACACGGGCCUUACAACACAGCCAUCUCCUUUGGACCAGAGUCGAUUCCGGACGAUGCACCUCCGAGCCAACUAAACGCAGCGGUCAAUGCUCAUCGUACUGCUCUACAUAUAAUGCAAUGGAAAGCACGUCCUAUACCCAGCCUUAAAGACAUGCAAGAAGAACUAUCCGCACCCGAAUCACUCGAGUCGAUCAAGGAGCAGAUGGCACAACUGCAGAAGAGUCAUGUGGAGGAAUUGGAGAAGCUGUACGAUGCGCAUGCAGCGGAUUAUAUCCAGGAGAUGAUUGACUUGUAUCGCUCCUUGGACGAGACUAUGCUUUUUGACGGAUAUCAACCCAGUGGAGGAGGAGGAGGGUCGUCUCGGGAAGAAAUCGCACAGCAUAGGGAAUCGAGUAGAAGGUUGGAGGAGCUGUACAACCAGGUCCAAGCAUGCUCGCCGCUUCUACUCCCACUCGCAAACGAGUACUCGACGUUCCGCCAUUCAUAUUUUGUGCGGAUGCACGAGCUCCGGACCAGGUACGCACGGAUAAAACAGCAACAGGAUGCGCAAUUCCCUUUGACUGCCGAAGAAUGGAGAACGCGACCGAAGGAGUUGCGGAUGUUGGUAGCGAGGUUCUUGAUGGCUCCUUCAAAGAUUCUGCAGGAAAAGAUGAUGACCGAGCAUGGUUGGGCUUGGAGGUUGGUUGACCCUUUGAUACGGGAGUACAAGGCCGAUCAGAGCUUUGCGUCCGAGGUCAUGUCUAUGCUUUUGGCGGAGAACAUGGGGCAGGGAGCGCCGGUUGUAGCAGUGAGGUCGCAAACUACGAUAGAUCCCAGGUUGAGGAGACCAUAG